AUGCCCACACACCUAUCUCUAUUUCUCGUCCACGCCCCAGCAUGUACGCCAGAUGCUGGGUUCGUUGAUCUCAUCAGCAAUGGCAACGACGAAAAGAACGAAGUGGAUGAACUAGAACAUCUCAUUGGUGAAGAGGGUGGCCCUGCAGAAUGCGAAUGCUGUGGUCGAAGAAAGAUACACCAGACCUUUGAUGCCUACCCCAAACAAUCAUAUCCUCAAGUCAUUCCUCGCCGACGACCACCUCCGGAAAUUCGAGGAUGCAAGCGCCUCCUCAUUUCAUUAUUACAUAUUGCCUGCUGUUAUCGAUCACGCCGCAAGUUUCAGUUAAUAACCCGUUAUCAUUACCACAAACAGAAGAAGCCAUUCUCCGCCGUCUCCGUCCAUGUCGAACAAUUGACCUCCGAAACGUACGAAGAAGAUGACCUUGCAGGAGUUCCAGAACUUCUGGAAGUCAUCAAGCUUCAGGCCACCGGUUCACAAGAGGUAGCGAGGGCAUUGAGAAAGAAGUUGAAGUAUGGCAAUGCUCAUCGCCAGCUACGUGCUCUCAGCAUUCUUGAUGGCUUGCUACAGAACGGUGGUUCUAGAGUUCAACGAGCACUUCUCUCCGACGGUCCACUUCUCGAACGCCUACGGAUUGCCGCUGUCGACCCAUUGUCCGACCAAGACGUUCGAACCAAGUGCAAAGACCUAUUUGGUCAAUGGGUUGCCAGUUCUAAAGAUAAUCCCGGGUUGGAGGGUGCCAAAUCUCUUUACAAUCAAUUACCAAAGACACAAAAGCCUGCCCAACAAAGACGAGAACAGAGUAGAGUCCUCCGGGAAACAGAAGAGGAUGUGCAACGUGAACGAGAACUUGAAAUGUCAAGGGACAGAUCCGACAGCAUCCCAAGAAUGGGAGAGCCCGCAAGUCCCCCGACAUCUCGGAAACUCCAUUCACCGGUGACAUUGGGUCAAUCAUCCACCUUCAGCCCAAAGAAGGUCAAGAAAGACAAGAAAGGCAAGGUUAAGGGAUUUAAUCUCGAGCGGGAGAAACCGCAGAUUUUGCAAGGCAUAGCUGCCUCCUCGGUGGCCUCGACCGGACUGAACAAUGCAUUGAGGUUGGUCAAUCGAGAGAGGGAGCGGGUUUCCGACAAUCCUGAAGUGAUGAAACGCUUCGAGACAUGCAAACAACUACGUCGACAGAUUCUCCGUUAUAUCCAAUUCGUGGAAACCGAAGAAUUCCUCGGAGGACUUAUUCAUGCAAAUGAAGAGCUCGUGACUGCACUCAUGGCUUUUGAGGUCAUGGACAAGUCAGUAGACGAUGACUCAGACAGUGAGAUGGAGGAAGCUCAACACCUAUCAAGACAGGCGGCCAAGAGCGAACAAGCAGCUACACGAGAAGCAGAGAAGAUGGUGGCUGGGUUGAGUAUCUCGGCACCACCAAAACCGCCUAGGCCCAGUCCUCCUGCUCACAUUGCAAUGCCUCCACCGCGGCCGACAGCUGUAAGUCCGAGAAAUUUCAACAAGUCCAGGCAGGUUGAAAGUGAGAGUGAGUCGGAAAGUGAAUUGGAUGACGACGACCCCGACGAUCCCUUUGGGGAUAAAAACGCCAUGAAGACGCCAGACCCAGACCUAGGUCGGAAGGGAUACACAUGGCGGGAGGUUUGA